GGAGAGUCGUUGAGACCGACUUGGGACAGAGUCAAGCAGCUCAGCCGUACGUUGGCUGGGAAGAACCUCUUUAUCAAUCGAUUGCGGCAAGUGUCUGAUGGAUGGAGCCAGCGAAUGAGGAGGCCGGGUCGGCACCUCUCCCCCCUGUCCUCUCCCCGCCGCCCCCCGUGCCGGUGAUCAACGCCGAUACCCUCGUGGCUGCGACUGGCAACCAUGGGGAUGUGCUCCCAUCGUUGGUUGACGAGAGCAAGGAACGGUCCAAAGAAGACCCCGUGGCGGGGAGUGUAGUCCCGCCGUAUUGGCGGCAUUAUCGGGAUACCUCGCGCACCUCGCAGAUCUCGCUCGAGGGACCGCACACAAUCACACUGGAAGACCAUACGGAAGACCCGAACUGCCAUGUCAGCCGCGGGCUGUGGGCCAAGAGUGUCACCAUCGAUGACUACUGUGUCGUCGAGGGUAAGACGGGGGUCGGGUCGUAUGUGGUCUGGAACUGCAAAAUCCAAACCCUUGAUGGAGGCCCUAUCUUUGUUAGGAUGAGAUACUCUGAAUUUGACGAUCUGCGACAAUGCCUCCAACGGUCAUUUCCAUUUGCGACAAACGCCCUUCCCGCUCUUCCCCCAAAGAGCGUUCUCUUCAAGUUCCGCCCCUCAUUCCUCGAAUCCAGACGAGCCGGACUCGAGUAUUUUCUCCACUGUGUCCUUUUAAACCCUGAAUUUUCUGGUUCUCCAAUAGUGAAGGAUUUCCUGUUCGGCCGGAUGUGUUGAUCCGGAGGAACAACCCCGGCGAUCUACUGGAGGGUUUUAUAUUGUAUACUCGAUAUUUUCAGACUGAUCGAUGACAGUUGAUGCACAUAAUUCCUAUUACAUAAAUGCUAAUAUGCUAAUCUAUCCUGAACUCCAACGCUGCAAGUACAAAAGAUCUGUUUUGAGAAAGACAAAAGAGAGAGGGAGAGAGAGAGAGAGAGAGAGAGAGAGA